CUACACAUAUAAUAUGAACGAUUUACUGGAAAUAGCCUUUUUACCCGGAAAAGGAAGAGGUUUUAAAGCCAAAGAUUAUAUUCCUGCAGGUACAACACUUCAUAUCUCUCAUCCAUUGGCCACCACCGUAUCACAAGAAUGGUUACCCGAAACCUGUCAAGCUUGCUUUCACUUCAUAUACCCCAAAAAGCAUAAAGUCAGGGCUGUCACUCCACAAGAACAAUCUAUUUUGGCCACUCGCUGGCAAUUACCCCUCAAAAAGAAUUCGGUCCUCUUCAAAGACGUUUUAUUCUGCUCUUUGCAAUGCAAACAAGACGUAAUUGCAAAACUUGACUGGGAGCUGUCACUUGCCAUCAAUUACAGAUUAGAUUUAGAGUUUGCUCGCUCAACUGAAACUGAUUUAAGUACCAGUACUAUCCUAAAAUCAUCCGCUGAAGAAUUCAUCGAUAUAGAGAGUGAUGAUGCACUGGAAGCUUGGUUAGAUCAUGCUUGGGAUUCGCUUACUGAUAAUUUAGACCUUCACCAACCCAUUGAGGAUUCAGAUCGUGCCAUGUGUCGAUUAAUUGCCUCUUGUAUAUUACGCAAAAACAAUGAGAUAGAUGCUGAUAUAGAUACCACUUUUACCACAUCAGCACAUACACCUCAAUACAAGAACUUACUCGUGAUACAAAAUAAUGAACUCUCUCUAUUCAAAAGCCUGUACAAGUCCCCCAUCACCAAAUUACCGAAAAAUCCCGCCGCUUCCAAUUUACCCCAGGAAAUGCUGGACGUCAUGGCCUUGUACUCAUUUUUCAAGCGGGCCGUGAGUCAACCACUCCAUCAUGUUCCUCAACUGACUCAUGUCAAUCAUCAAGUGUUUCGUGCCAUCUUUUUCCGGGAAAGAGCAAAUAGUUUUGGUCUUUGGGAGAUGGGUGAUGAAGAAAUUGCCAAAGGAACAGGCGGUGUGUCGGACGAUUUAGAACUCUUAGGAUUUGGCAUCUAUCCCUCUGCUGUGUAUUUCAAUCAUAGUUGUGAUGCCAACGUUAUUAAAAUACGAGACGGGAACCGUAUGAAGUUUAUUGCUAGACGUAUGAUCGACCAAGAUGAAGAAGCCUGCAUCUCUUACGGGUCCGUAGACGACUCUCUCUUUGUACGACGACAACGGCUAUUUGAACACUAUCACUUUACAUGUGCAUGUACCAAAUGUGUACAAGAAGAAUUAUAUGAUGAUAUUAUUCGAUAAAUUAAAUAAAA